AAUGGGAAAUAUAUGCGAUUUUAUGAAAACAGAAAAAAAGGAAUUUCAAAGUUCUCUGAAUUAAUAGACUGUAUUGCAACCAAUUUAAGAAUGUAUGCUGUUUAUUAAGACUCAGAGGAAUUAGCGAUAAAAUCAAGUAAGACUUUGGAUAAUUCCACAUCGUUUAUGCCUGAACAAAAUCAAAAGCGAGUAGGCUUGGAAGAUUUCAUUAUGUUAGCUACAGUUGGCAAAGUAUCAGUUAAAUUAAUUAGGGUGCCUUUGGAAAAGUGUAUAAAGUUAAAAAAAAGGACAAUUAAAAAAUAUAUGCUAUAAAAUGCAUCAAUAAGAAACUGAUAUUUGAUAGUAAAUUAGAAUCAAAUGCAUUAUUGGAGAAAAAUGUCUUAAAAUAAAGCAAACAUCCAUUUAUUGUAUAGUUAAAAUAUUCCUUCUAAACCCCAACUAAAUUAUAUUUAGUUAUGGAAUACAUCAAUGGAGGGGAAUUCUUUAAAAUCCUUAUGAAAACAAAAGGUUUACCAGAGUCUAUUGUUGCUUUUGUUGCAGCUGAAGUUGUUUUAGCUUUGGAAUAUUUGAAUUAUUAGUUGAAAGUUAUAUAUAGGGAUUUGAAACCAGAAAAUAUCUUACUUACAACAACAGGACAUGUUAAAUUAACAGAUUUUGGUUUAGCUACUUUAAGAAAAGAUGAAAAUGUUAAAAAUUAUACUGUAAAUAUUGAUAAUUAUAUAAGUUAGCUGGAACCCCUGAAUAUUUAGCUCCAGAAAUCAUAAACAAGAAAGGCCAUUCUUUUGAAGUUGAUUUAUGGACAUUAGGCAUCUUAAUAUACGAAAUGAUAAAUGGAUAUCCGCCUUUUACAGUACAAGACAGAAACACUUAAAAAAUUCUAUAAUUAAUUCUACAAAAUAAGCCGAAUUAUCCAUCAAUAAUGAGUGAUGAAGCUAAAAAUUUAGUUUAAAGUUUGCUAAAAGAUAAUCCAAAGGAAAGAAUCGGAGCUUAAAUAGUAAUUUUUUUUUCUAUAUUUUAAAGGGAUACCAAGAAAUAAAAUACCACCCUUUUUUUGCAAAUAUUAAAUGGUCAGAACUAUACAAUUUGAAUAUUAAAUCUCCUCUUAAGACCUUUGCAGAAACAAAUGCUUCAAGGUCUGAAGGACUUAGAAUGCCUAAUAUUCAGAUUUAAGAGACCCCAAAUCCUCCAUAGCCAAAUUUAUAAGGGAUUAGUUAUGCAGGAGGUGAUGAUACAUAUAACUCUAAGAGACUGAAUUGA